GUACUCAACACUGAACAGUCGUGUACCGCUAGUUGUGAUAUGCGGCAGUCAGUGAGACAGGUUUUAAAUAGUGAUAAUAGUAAGAUUGGAUGUAAAGAUGCACAUAACGACAGCAAUAUAUCUGCGCAUGUUCGGCUACACGAUGACAAUAUUGAUGCACGUUGGCAACAUUUUGUUCCUGCUGUCUUGUAUGGAUAUGAAAGUGCCUAAUGAUGUGGACUUGAAAGUUUUCAGCGAACUACAGCCCCGGUAUUUCACAUGUUGGAACUUUUUUCUUCACGUAUUGUUUUCAGUUGUUGGACUGAUAAGUGAUAGCAAGUUACUACUUAAUUCUGAUAACCCAUCGUAUAUACCUUCGAAGCAUUUCGAAUGGUUCAAGAAAACUCUAUUCAGUACGAUAAUAUGGCCGUCGACGUGGGUUGUUGUCGCUGUGUUUUGGCCGUUAUAUCUAUAUGAUAGGCAGCUGAUUUUUCCCAAGUUUGCAGACAAGAUCAUCACUCCACUGUCAAACCAUAUCAUGCACACGGCCAUCAUAGGUUCUAUUGUGUGGGAAGUCUGCUUCCAGCCUAGGGAAGUGCCAUCAUCACACAAACGGAACAUAUUACACAUUAUUUUUCACUUGCUUCUUUAUUUUUGUAUAUUAAUGUACACCUAUAUAGAGCGGGGAGUAUGGCUCUACCCUAUAUUCAAAAUACUUUAUGGGACCAUUUACUUUCCCGUAUCGAUUUUAUUGAUAGGGGUAGUUGCGAUCACAUCUUACUAUGUACAGUGGCUGUUGACGGAGUUGAUGUGGGGCAGAAGACAGAAGAGUAUAAAAAUAAGAUGAUAGCUAAUUUAGUUAAUUAAAAAAAAUAUUUUUAUUUUUAUAUAAAUAAAUAUGUUAUUAUAAAUUAAUCAAAUUCGGUUAUGUUUUUGAUGGUACUGUAAUAAAAUAAUUAUAUUUUUAAUAUUGUUUGUACCUCAUUGCAUUUCAAUUGCACUUGUAAUUAGAAAUAAAGAUGUUAUACCUAAUAA